AUGACAUCAAAAAGCACAUUCUGCUGUCCUUUGCCUUCCCGCAAAGAAAACGUGAUGUAAUAUUAGACUUUUGUUAGAUUUAGCUCAAGUUCAACUUUGGUACCAGCAGAAAUAUUCCUGAAAGAAAAGUGAAAAGCAUUUUCAUUUCAACAUAGAUGGCCAUGCAACCUGCAAUUCAAGUGUGGUUUGGAGAAGACCUGCCUCUAAGUCCGCGGAGUCCUCUGACCCCCAGACAUGGGCCAGGUUUGGCUGAUGUUUGUCAGUAUGAUGAGUGGAUAGCUGUGAGGCAUGAAGCCACCCUGUUGCCCAUGCAAGAAGAUCUGUCAAUAUGGCUAUCUGGUUUGUUAGGUAUUGAAGUUAAGGCAGAACGAUUAUUGGAAGAACUUGAUAAUGGAGUACUACUAUGCCAACUGAUUGAUGUUCUUCAAAACAUGGUGAAAACAUGCAACUCUGAAGAUCCUGGGAAUUUUCCAAUGAGAAAAGUGCCCUGUAAGAAAGAUGCUGUCUCAGGUUCAUUCUUUGCUAGAGACAAUACUGCAAACUUCCUUCACUGGUGUAGGCACAUUGGGGUUGAUGAGACUUACCUCUUUGAAUCUGAAGGUUUAGUUUUGCACAAAGACCCAAGACAGGUGUAUCUUUGUCUUCUAGAAAUUGGUCGAAUUGUGUCAAGAUACGGGAUUGAGCCGCCAGUAUUAGUAAAACUUGAGAAAGAAAUUGAACUGGAAGAGACCUUACUUAAUACUUCUGGGCCUGAAGAUUCCAUUAGCAUUCCGAAAUCAUGCUGUCAGCAUGAAGAACUUCAUGAAGCUGUUAAACAUAUUGCUGAAGACCCUCCUUGUAGUUGUUCCCACCGAUUUUCUAUUGAGUACUUAUCUGAAGGACGGUACCGACUUGGGGAUAAGAUACUCUUUAUAAGAAUGCUUCAUGGAAAACACGUCAUGGUCCGUGUUGGUGGAGGCUGGGAUACUCUUCAAGGAUUUUUGCUUAAAUAUGAUCCCUGUCGCAUAUUGCAGUUUGCUACACUAGAACAAAAAAUUCUAGCAUUUCAAAAAGGAGUUGCUAAUGAAAGUAUACCUGAUUCAUCUGCCAGAACACCUCAGCUUCCUGAAAUGAAUCCUUUGUCAGCAGUUAGCAUGUUUCAGAAACAAAAAUCAAAACCUGGCACACCAGUUGGUAUUCCAAGGAGCAAAGAAAAGCAGACAUGUCCACCGGCUGAGCUGCUGCCAGCAUCUUCCCCAAAAGGAGGGAAUCUGGGCUCUGUGUCAGUCCGUCCUAAAUUGCCAAAUACUCCAGCAGUGUCUUCUCAUCUUAAGCUCAAAUCUUCAAAAGGCAUAGUAAAGAAACCACCAGUGCCUUCAAACAAUGCAUCGUCUUCACUUCCUUCUUUAAAUCCAGUAGGUAAAAGUACUUCUUCACCAGCUUCAUCCAGAACUGCACGUAAAUGCAUCUCAUCACCCAGUACUCCUAAGGUCAAGCUUACUAUGGCCCAGAAGCCCAGAGAUGUGCCUGAGUCUGCACUUUUGCCAAAUAAAUCUUCUGGAAAAACUGAACCAAAGCAUUUGAAACACACUCAUGUAUCUUCCAGGGAUAAUGCAGUAUCUCACUCGGCUGCACAUUCAGAUUCAUCAUCAAAGGGUCCAAAGCUCCCUAAAGCAAAUAUCCAUGUAAGGCCUAAACCUUCCCCUUCAUUCCAUUCCCCUACAAAAGUUACAAAAUCUAGUUCCAAAACUACAACUGCAGGUCUGGGAACACGGUGUCAGCCAUCUGAUGGAGCCCCACAAGCAAGAGCAAUGCCAACACAGAAACUUAAGUCAGCCUUGAAUUUAAAGCAGCCACUCUCGGUAUCCUCAGUUGUGCCUGCAAAAGCUGCACAGGAAUCGAAAGAUAAGAAUAUGGUUUCAGUUGCCAAAAAGCAGCCUCAAAAUAAAAGUACAUCCCAGAAGAUAGGACCCAGCUCCUCGAAGUCCCCUGGCCGUACCCCGCUGUCCAUCGUGAGUCUUCCCCAGUCCUCAGUCAAGACACAGACUGUACCAAAGUCAGCACAGACUGCCACUAAGAGCCAGUAUUUAGCUAAAGGGCUUCCAAAAAGUGCCAAAGCCCCAGCCUCAACCAGGAAACCACCCUCAUCUGGCAAGGAAGCAGUUGGCGGUGAUAAAAAACAUACUGCAAAGAAAAAGGAAGAUGACGACCAUUAUUUUGUUAUGACUGGAAGUAAGAAACCUAGAAAGUAAACACAAAUGUGUCAUUUUAAGAAAACAGGAAAGUCAAAGAGUGAAUGUAUUAGCAUCACAUCUUAAAAAUUUCUCCUGUUUGUCCAAAUAGGUUCAGACAUUAGGCACAGUAAGAUGGGGGUUGGAGGUUGGGGAUGGAGGUGGAAGGUGGAUCAGAAUUCACAUUUCUGAAUUCACCAGAAGGAACCCUUUUGAGGCGGACAGUUGUAAAAUUGCUAUAAGGUUCUUAUUAAUAAUAGACAUUUAUAUGAUUUUCAAUUCAUAGCAUCUUUGUUAAUGUCUGCCCUUUAAGGGAAAUGUAGAGUUAAAUAACACUACUAGAGUUAUAAUUAUAGUUGCUAUAUUUUUUAAUGUGUAUUAAAUAUGGAGGUUA